GCGGAAGGAGCUCCAGGCCGGAAGGAGGCCGCGGAGGGCGGGAGGCAGGAGCGGGCCCGGAGCUGCUGGGCCGGAGCGGCAGAGCCGCCAUGUCCGACAGUGAGAAGCUCAACCUGGACUCUAUCAUCGGGCGCCUGCUGGAAGUGCAGGGCUCGCGGCCUGGGAAGAAUGUACAGCUGACAGAGAAUGAGAUCCGUGGCCUGUGCCUCAAAUCCCGGGAGAUUUUCCUGAGCCAGCCCAUCCUUCUGGAGCUGGAGGCACCCCUCAAGAUCUGCGGUGACAUCCAUGGCCAGUACUACGACCUCCUGCGGCUGUUUGAAUACGGGGGCUUCCCUCCAGAGAGCAACUACCUCUUCCUGGGGGACUAUGUAGACCGGGGCAAGCAGUCGCUGGAGACCAUCUGCCUGCUGCUGGCCUAUAAGAUCAAGUACCCCGAGAACUUCUUCCUGCUCCGUGGGAACCACGAGUGUGCCAGCAUCAACCGCAUCUACGGCUUCUACGAUGAGUGCAAGAGGCGCUACAACAUUAAACUGUGGAAAACGUUCACCGACUGCUUCAACUGCCUGCCCAUUGCAGCCAUCGUUGACGAGAAGAUCUUCUGCUGCCAUGGAGGUCUGUCCCCCGACCUACAGUCCAUGGAGCAGAUUCGGCGUAUCAUGCGGCCCACAGAUGUGCCUGACCAGGGGCUGUUAUGUGACCUGCUGUGGUCUGACCCUGACAAGGACGUGCAGGGCUGGGGCGAGAACGACCGUGGUGUCUCCUUUACCUUUGGGGCUGAGGUGGUGGCCAAGUUCCUACACAAGCACGACUUGGACCUCAUCUGCCGGGCACACCAGGUGGUGGAAGAUGGCUAUGAGUUCUUUGCCAAGCGGCAGCUGGUGACACUCUUCUCAGCUCCCAACUACUGUGGCGAGUUUGAUAACGCUGGCGCCAUGAUGAGUGUGGACGAGACGCUCAUGUGCUCCUUCCAGAUCCUCAAGCCCGCCGACAAGAACAAGGGGAAAUAUGGGCAGUUCAGUGGCCUGAACCCUGGUGGCCGGCCCAUCACCCCACCCCGUAACUCCGCCAAAGCCAAGAAGUAGCCUCCACGUGCCCGCCCUCUGCCCUAGAUGGUGGAUUGUACAGAAACCACACAGCGUGGGGGGUCAUGCAGACUUCCUCAGCCUGCUGUCACAGGGAACAUGGAGCCUCGAUGUAUUUUUCCUUUUUUUAAUGAAUCAAUAGCAGUGUCCAAGCCCCCAGGGCUCCCUCUGCCUGUGCCUCGGUGGCUGUGAGCAGGAUCCUGGGGCUGAGGCUGCAGCUCAGGGCAAAGCAGGGCCAGGUUGUGGGUCUCCAGCCUUGCUUGGCCUCAGGGCUGGCAGCCAGAUCCUGGGCAACCCAUCUGGUCUCUUGAAUAAAGGUCAAAGCUGGAUUCUU